AUGGCAUCACCUGAUGGUGGCGAUGGCUGUAAUGAUGCUGUUGUGGAGACAUCUCGAAGCGAGAGGAAGAGGUGCUACCGCGAUGGAUCUGACUCGAUGAUCGAUUCGAAGCUGAUCCUGCUCCAACUUCAUGGGAGAGUGGUUGAUAGGAUGAUCGCUGUUGAUUGCGAAUGUGAAUAUCCUGAAGCAGACACAGAGGUUGAGGAAGGUUCUCUUGACCUAGGUGACGAGGAAGUAGAAGAUGGCCCCGAUGAAUGUAUACCAUUUGAUGUCAAUGGCGAUGGUAAUAGUCCAUAUGAUCCACCGUCGAAUGAUCCAUUGAGGAUGAUUGUAGCCGUGAAUGAUAUGGAUCAUGACUCUGAUUCUGAUUUUGCUGAUAGUUUUGUAAAGACCGAGGAAAUGAUUGUUGCUGAUGAUGUUCACGAUGCUGAUAUGAAGAGGACUGCCGUUGUGAUGGUAUUAGUUCAUCCUCUCGAGAACGAGCUUCUGGCGUCUCUUUAUUGA